CAGGAUGCUGCCUCUGUCAGUGCGGGCGUUCUGCUGCCUUCCUGGGUCCCGUCACAGUCUUCUUGCUCAACCACUGGGUGCACAGGAUGGAAACUGCUCUCCCCUAUUUGGAAGACAGCGCGUGGCUUGGCUUUAUAGAGUCGUGGCUAAAGACUGAAACGGCAGCCGCUUUCUCAGGCUUUCUGUAGCCAGUCUGUUUUGGAGGAAAGGGAAGGACUCCAUGCCUUACAGGCCCAAGAAGAUGGAAAGACAAGUGGUAGGCGGGAUACUCAGGCGCUUCCGCCGGCUGCCUCGACACCGAGCAGGACCUCCCCAGGAUAACCUGGGUGAAGUUGUAAAGGAACCAGAAAGGGCCCAGGAACACUGUCUACCCAAAUUUGCUGGAGGGCAGCACUUCUUUGAAUACCUCCUCGUGGUUUCCCUCAAAAAAAAGCCUUCAGGGGAUAAUUACGAGCCCACAAUCACCUACCAGUUUCCCAAGCGAGAGAACUUGCUUCGGGGACAACAGGAGGAGGAGGAACGGCUGCUCGGAGCCAUCCCCUUGUUUUGCUUCCCAGAUGGGAAUGAGUGGGCCCCACUCACUGAGUAUCCCAGGGAGACCUUCUCGUUCGUUCUGACCAAUGUGGAUGGGAGCAGGAAGAUUGGAUACUGCAGGCGCCUCUUGCCCGCCGGCCGUGGUCCUCGCCUCCCCAAGGUGUACUGCAUCAUCAGCUGCAUCGGUUGCUUCGGCUUGUUUUCCAAGAUCCUGGAUGAAGUGGAAAAGAGGCAUCAGAUCUCCAUGGCAGUCAUCUACCCAUUCAUGCAGGGCCUCCGAGAGGCAGCCUUCCCUGCUCCCGGGAAGACCGUCACCCUCAAGAGCUUCAUUCCCGACUCAGGCACUGAGUUCAUUUCGCUGACGCGGCCCCUGGACUCCCACCUAGAGCACGUGGAUUUUACUUCUCUGUUGCGCUGUCUCAAUUUUGAGCAGAUUCUUCAGAUCUUUGCCUCUGCCGUGCUGGAGAGAAGAAUCAUCUUCCUAGCAGAAGGUCUCAGCAUCCUGUCUCAGUGCAUCCAUGCUGCUGCCGCGCUCCUCUACCCCUUCAGCUGGGCCCACACCUACAUCCCCGUUGUCCCCGAGAGCCUUCUGGGCACUGUCUGCUGCCCCACUCCCUUCAUAGUUGGAGUCCAAAUGCGCUUUCGGCAGGAGGUUAUGGAGAGCCCCAUGGAAGAGGUCCUGUUGGUGAAUCUUUGUGAAGGAACUUUCUUAAUGUCAGUUGGUGAUGAAAAGGACAUCCUACCACCCAAGCUUCAGGAUGACAUUUUAGAAUCUCUCGGUCAGGGGAUCAAGGGAUCACAGAAUUCCGAACAAAUCAACGAGCAUGUUUCAGGUCCUUUCGUGCAGUUCUUUGUUAAGACCGUGGGCCACUAUGCUUCCUACAUCAAGCGGGAGGCAAAUGGGCAAGGCUGCUUCCAAGAACGGGCCUUCUAUAAGGCUCUGACCUCCAAGGCCAACCGCCGAUUUGUGAAGAAGUUUGUGAAGACACAGCUCUUCUCCCUUUUCAUCCAGGAAGCUGAGAAGAGCAAGAACCCUCCUGCAGGCUAUUUCCAACAGAAAAUACUUGAAUACGAGGAACAGAAGAAACAGAAGAAACCAAAGGAAAAGACUGUGAAAUAAGAGCUGUGGUGAACAGGAGUGACUAGAGCUAUAGGCCAGUUGUGGACUUUGGCCCCUGCCAGCAUGGUAGGAUGUGAAGCUCUCAGCCCCCAGAAUCCACAGCCUUCUUCCAAGUUCUGGUAACCAGGUCUUGCUUCAAGUCGAUGUCUUGAGUUUGGGAUCCCUGGAAUCAGCUCUCUCAAGACUUUGGAAGACUAUGACCUCUGUGCUCACAGAGCUGGGCAAAAAGCUGCCUUUUCUGCAGAGGUGACAUAGGGCAGGAAACAGUAGUAGAGGUGUUGUAGAGUCUUAGAAGUUGCUGUAACUGCCCUCUCCCAGGAACCUCUAUUACAAAAUCCUCAACCGAGAAAGCAGUUGUGGCCUGAAGGUUCACUUUCUCCACAUAACAAAAGAGGUCUGUGGACAUGUGAGGAUAAGAAUAAAGAUGAAAAUCUUCUUCUU